AUUCAGAGAAACUAGCGCAAUCCAAUUUCUGAUAAGGCAGCCAAAUACCGAAAGACAUGGUUGCUGUUGGCACUUUGGGUUCUUAUCUACAAGGGAAGCAUGCUACUCAUGUAGGAAAGGGGGCUUUAGUUCCUUUAACAAGCUUCGCCAGCAAGGGUUUUCAAAUGAUCGGGAAUGAUGGGCACAUGAUUGGAAGUAUUCGGUGGAGAUUGGGGAGGCUUGUGUUUGUUUGGAGACUUGGCAAAGAGGAACAUGAUGCCAUUGGUGAAGCUGAUUAUGUUUUGCAAGGGGCUCUAGUUCCCUUCCAUAGUUUAGGCUACAAGGGAUUGAGGAGGAUUGGUAAAGCAGAGACACAUGCUUGUGCUAAGGGGGCCCUUACCCCUCUAUUUGUUGGGUUCACUAUUCAAUGUGGGGAGGCAUCGGGUGAUGAUUUUUUGAAGUUGAGACUCUUCCCAAGUUCUUUAACUGGUAUCGCACUGACAUGGUAUCUAAGUCUGCCACAAAAUUCUGUGUUCACCUGGAGACAAAUGGAAGAUUUGUUUCAUAUUCAAUUCUACCACUCAGAGCCUAAGAUAUCCAUGGCUGAUCUUUCUAGAUUAACUCAACGGCCAGGGGAAUCUUCUGAAAAUUAUCUUAUGCGGUUUAGAAAAGCCGGGAUGAAGUGUCAUGUUGCCUUACCAGAGCAAGAGUUUAUGAAGCUUGCUCAGAAUGGUUUAGACAUUGAGAUGGAAUUCAGAGACUUCUUUGAGCUCUCUUAUAAGGUGGCACGUUAUGAGAACCUUUUAAGAGAGGAAUCCCAAAGAAAGGCAGCGUUGCAAGGAACUUAUUAUCAGGAUGCUUUUGACCUUGAUGUUGCCGAGGUCUUUGCAGACAAGCCAAUAACUUGUCCUAAUCUAGUGAAAGUCACUCAACAAGUUGAGGCGACUGCAAAGCGUCUCCUGGGCAUAGACUCCCGACGGUUGCUGAAAUUGCAUCCAAAGAUUACUGACAAGAUUGACAAAGGGUUGCUUCAUUUCCCUGAAAAACCUAAGGAAGCCAUGGGGGUUGAUGAGAAUCCUUUUCCGAACGUUGAUGUUGGAGUUAAUGUUGCUAACAUAAGGAGCAUCUCUCGAAGGACAUAUAAAGGGCGAACUUGGCUGCAGAUGACCUUCGUUGGAUCCAAGAUGAAGGAGGCUCGACAUACAGAUCGCUCUCGUAUGGUUAAGCCUCCACAGCAACCUCCAAGUAAAAGGUGGGAGAAGGUCAUGCAUCCCAAGUUUCCAAAAGAACCUGUGAGAAAUCUUAGAACUUUAAGAAUAAGGUUGCAGCGAAAGCGAGCAGAGGCACGUCGUCGUCAACAAUUAGCUAUUGAGGAAGUUAAGAUUCCACAACGUUCUCUCGCAAAGGGAAGGAUGGUGUGGAAGAGAAAAGAGAGUCAAGAGGUUGCUGUCCAGAAUGAAUCUCAGCCGAAGGUGCCACCUCCUAAGCUCACCUCAUUAAUCGUUAAUGAAAAUGAGUUGAAGGCAACCUUUGAAGCAGAUCAACAAGCAGAGUUGACUAGCGAUGAUAAUUUUCUUGAGGCCAUGGAUGUUCUGCAGAUUGGCAACAUCUCUAUUAAUCUCUCUUGUUUGGUUCUCAUGCUUCCUUUGGUUUUUCAAGCCAAGGGUAGCGAGACUACCCAUGUUUCCAAUGGCAGCAUGCUUGUUGAGGAAGAAGUGAUAGAGGUUCCAGCCCAAGAAGAGGAAAAGGAGCACGAUAUCCUUUCAGAACAAAUUAUCUUUAACAAACCAGAUGAAAGUGUGGCUCGUCAUAUAAAGCCACUCUACAUUUCAGCUCACAUGGAUGGAGUUCCAAUGAAUCGAGUCCUUGUUGACAAUGGAGCAGCAGUCAACGUCAUACCUUCUUCUAUGCUGAGGAAUUUGGGUAAAAAUUCUAAGGACUUAGUUUAUACUGACGUAACCACCAGUGAUUUCACAGACUCUUCUGCAACUUAUAAUGCAUUACUGGGACGUGAUUGGAUCCAUUCGAAUUGGUGUGUUCCAUCUACUCUUCAUCAAAGACUCAUUUUUUGGAAUGGAGGCAAGACUGAGGUGGUUUAUGCUGACAACAAACCAUUCUUAGCCAAUUCCAGUAUUGUGGAAGCACGAUACUAUGAUGAAGACAUAGAAACCAUUCGUUUCUUCAGUAUGGAUAGACAAGGAAGACCUCGUGGAAUCACUGCUUGCAACAAGCCUACCUUGGCUAAGAUAAGCAAAGAGAGAAGGGAGGCCGUAUCUGAAAUUCUAAAGAAAUUAGCGGCCUAUUUUGCUGAAAGAAAUACAGAAGCAAAUCUGUCGGAGGUGGUACAUGAAGGUGAGGAGGACACCCAUACCGACGGAGUCACAAUGGAGGAGUUAGAUCUGGCUCCUGAAAAGUUGGAUCACCUCAGGGCCGAUGUACAAGAUCCAUUGAAGGAAGUUAAUCUAGGAACGGAGGCAGAGCCACGCAUUACUUUUGUUAGUGGCUUGCUACCGCUAGGGAUGCGAGAUAAAAUAAUUUGUUUACUACAUGAAUUCAAAGACUGCUUUGCCUGGGAUUAUUCUGGGAUGCCAGGUUUAGACCGAGAGUUGGUAGAACAUAGACUACCAAUCAACAAAGGAUAUAAGCCGUAUAAACAGCCACCACGCCGUAUGUCUCCAAAAGUAAUUUUGAAGGUGAAGGAAGAAGUGGAGCGGCUGCAUAAAGUUGGUUUUAUACGGACAGCCAGAUACUCAGAAUGGUUGUCUAAUAUUGUUCCAAUAGUGAAGAAGAAUGGAAAGCUCAGAGUCUGCAUUGAUUUUUGGAACUUAAAUCUAGCCACACCGAAGAAUGAAUACCCCAUGCCAGUAGCAGAUUUACUUGUUGAUGGGGUUGCACGCCAUCGCAUUUUAUCUUUUAUGAAUGGGCAUAGUGGCUAUAAUCAUAUCUUUAUUGUAGAGGAAGAUAUAAGUAAAAUGGCGUUUCGUUGCCCUGGAAACAUAGGUACGUAUGAAUGGGUCGUGAUGCUGUUUGGGUUGAAAAAUGCAGGAACUACAUAUCAGCGGGCCAUGAAUGCAAUUUUCCAUGAUAUGAUUGGUUGCUUCAUGGAGAUUUAUAUCGAUGAUGUUGUUGUUAAAUCCAUGGAGGAUGAAGAACAUUUGGAGCACUUGAGGAAAGCUUUUGAAAGAAUGCGACAGCAUGGUUUGAAGAUGAAUCCUCUCAAGUGUGCUUUUGGUGUUACAGCAGGGAAUUUUUUGGGUUUUUUGGUCCAUGAACGAGGCCUAGAGGUGGACAAAAACAAAGCAAGAUCCGUAAUUGAAGCGCGGCCACCACAAAAUAAAAAGGAAUUACAAAGAUUUAAAUGGGAGAGGCAGCACCAAGCCGCCUUUGAUGCCAUCAAGGAAUACUUGUCCAAGCCACCUGUGUUGGUUCCUCCAGUUAAGAAUAAACCCUUAUUGCUGUAUAUAUCUGCCGCAGAUGAGUUAAUUGGCUGUCUGCUGGCGCAAGAGAAUAAUAAUAAACAAGAACAAGCUGUUUAUUAUUUGAGUAGAGCUUUGAAUCCGACCGAAGUGAAAUAUUCUUCGGUUGAGAAAUUGUAUUUGGCUUUGUUCUUUGCACCACUCUUAAGAGGCCACAUUGGUAAGUGGAUUCUUGCACUUAUUGAAUUUAAUCUGAGAUAUUUGCCUCAAAAGGCCGUCAAAGGACAAGCUUUAGUAGACUUCUUAGCAGAUCAUCCUUGUUUAGAUGUUAACGCUGAUGAAGACAAGGGAAUCAAUCUCUUUUCGAUUGACUUGUUGGAUUUUGAAUGCACCAAUAACCAAGCAGAAUAUGAAGCUUUGGUAAUUGGUCUUGAGUUGUUGGUAGAGUUGAAGGUGCCAUCGGUUGAAAUUAUGGGUGAUUCUCAAUUAGUUCUCAAGCAAUUGCGUGGCGAAUACAAGUGUACAAGCGUGGUUUUGUCUCCAUAUUUUGCCACUGCCAUCCAAUUACUCGAGGAAUUUGAUGAUGUCUCCCUAAAGAAUAUUCCUCGCAACAUGAAUAUUGAAGCAAAUGAACUUGCGCAGAUUGCUUCAGGUGUAAAAAUGCUUGAAGGCUUCUUGGAGAAAGUCAUCGGAGCACCAGCUCCUGAGUUACAUCCUAUUGUCAAGCUAUGGCCUUUUCAUGGUUGGGCAAUUGAUUUGAUUGGGAAAAUUUAUCCACCUUCUUCUAAAGGUCAUUCUUUCAUAAUAGUUGCUACAAACUACUUUACUAAGUGGGUGGAGGCAAGGCCUAUGAAGAAGGUUGAGCAAGGAGAUGUCAUCAAGUUCAUAAAAGAGGAUCUGAUCCACAGGUUUGGUCUUCCAGAAACUAUCACUUCUGAUCAAGGUACUGCUUUUGUUGGAUCUCAAGUAGAGGCCUUUGCAAAAGACAUGGGAUUUCAUUUGCUUAAUUCAACUCCAUAUUAUGCACAAGCAAAUGGUCAAGCAGAGGCAUCUAAUAGGAUUAUCAUCAACAUCUUGGAGAAAAUGAUUGAUGAUAAUCCCAAGAGAUGGCAUGAGCUUCUUUCAGAUACUCUCUAAGCAUACAGAACCUCACAACGGAGUUCAACUAAGGUGACAUCAUUCUCGCUUACUUAUGGUCAUGAUGUUGUCCUGCCUAUGGAAUUAACGGCAAGGUCUCUACGGAUUGCAAUUCAAAAUGGCUUGAAUUUUGGGGAAUACAAUAAGGCCAUGAUC